AUGAAGUCGGUGGCCGCCGGCGGCGCGGAGCGGCAGGCAGCGCCCGCCGUGCAUCUGGCCCAGGGGUACCCUUCCCAGGGCGCGCCCGCGCACGCACAGAGGGCUGCGCCCGCGGCACCGAGGCCCUACGCCGACGCGACGCUGGGCCACGCCCACCUCGUCAGGCGCUACCCCCGGCUGGCCCUGGAGAGGGACUGCGUGCGCGUGGAUCGCCACUUCCCCUCGGACGCCGACGCGGUGGGGGGCCUGGGCGUGGCCGAGGCGCUGUCUCUGCACCGAGCGGUCCCGGUCAGCCACGGCGUCGCGCCGGCGCCACAGGACGCGGCGGCGGGGGGGUACACCAUGACCUCGCCCCCCGCCCGGGACGUCCCGCGUGGCGCCCAGCUGCGCAGCGUGCGCGUCGUGUUCAGCACCGGCCUGUCCGAGCAGGCGCGUGCCGCGGCGCUCCAGGGCGCGGGCGCGAAGCAGGGGGACAGCCUGCGGCGCCUGCUCAAGUUUGUGGUGGCACGGACAGAGGAGAAGGGACGGCGCAGCGGGAUCAUGUGCCUGGGCGGGCCCGUGGACGCCGCGCUGGAUGGGUGUCUCGUGGCCGAGAGGGACGAAAACGGCGUGCUCAGGAGGGCGGCACAGCGGCACUGCAGGAUACAGGCUGGUGUCGACCUGGCCCCCACCGACAAGUGGCUGCGGCUCCUGGAUGUCACCUACCAGAGGCUGGAUGAGGAGGGGCUGGAGCACCACACAGAGAUCGUGUCCAUGUUCCUCGUCGACGCCUCAGCGUGCCUGCCGAAUCAAGAGAGCUGGCCUCAGGUCUGGGCAGAGGCCCAGGCGGCCCGGCGACUCCAGACCCCCGCCGCAGCAGGACCGGGGGCAGCCCCGCGGCCUGGGCCAGAGGCCGAGCCUGAGACGGCGCGGGGUGACGUCCCCCCCGCAACCACCGUGCAAGGGGAGGCCGCGACAGAGCCCGGCGAGGCGCUCGCCGCAGGGUCCGCGGAGGAGGACUUCAUCAGGCUGCUGAACGAGCCUGCCGGGGAGCCGGCGGAGGCUGUCGGGGAUCUCACGCAGGCGCUGGAUGCGGGGCUGGAAGGGGCGGACGCUGCUGCCGCACUGGCGCCCUCUCCAAAGUCUGAUACCGAUGUUGUGUCCCUGGCAGCCGUCCCGCAGGCUUCGCCUGGGCCGGAGGCACGUGCUCAGGGAGGCACGGCGCCCCCGCCCGGACUGGCCCAGUCCACCGUCCCUGGCCUGGCCCCGAGCGAUGCGCCGGAGGCGGUCGACGCGGUGCUCGAGGCAGCCAUGGAUUCAUCCCCCGUCGAACGGUCCGCGGCCCCAGAUUCUGUCGCCACGAAUCCCGCGGCGGGGUCCGUCGCCACCGCCGCUGCCGCCCUCCCGCCCAGCCCCGCGCUGUGCACGCUGGGCAUGCACGGGGCGGGCGUGAGGCUACGCACGCUGUCCAUCUCGCUGGACGGCCUGCUGGACUACAACCUGUCGGACACAGGGGCGGGCACCUUCGAGCUCGGCGCGGAAUCGGGCGUUUGGGGUGUAACCCCUGCAUCUCCGGGCGCGGUGGAGCUUGAAGUGGAGGCACCCGGAGACAAAUCCACGACCGGCGAGCCCGGCGGGUCGGACCUCGGCGGGGACCUGGCAGGCCUCUUUCAGGACGACGAUUUCGUGUUUGCGGAGCGGCUGCGCAGCCAGGGCGGGAUGGAGGUCGCCGCCGAGGAGGACGCCGCGUCCGCGCCAGUGCAGCCCGGCGAGGGUGGAAACGGCGGCGCGCACUUGAACGACAAGGACCUCGCCGUCUCCCUGACCAUGGCCUUCCGCUACUUUGACGCUGGAGGGAAGGGCUACCUCGGGACGGAGGAGCUGGAGGGCAUCGUCGCGGCAGCGCAGCCCUUCCUCCACCAGGACCUGGUCCGGUCCUGGGUGGCUGGCGUCAGCGAUGGCAGCAGCCUGCUUGGAGGCCGAGGCAGGGUGGCGAGCUUCGAGCCGCUGGUUUUGACGUAUAAUGCAAACGUGGCCCGCAAAGGAUAUGGUACAGGCUGGACGGGCAUUGCAAUGGCAGUUUCUUAUCGUGUCGAUGAUGCAGAAGAGAAUGGUCUGGCCCCGGGAGGUCCCUCGGCCUCCAAGCAGCCUGUCAUCGUGGUCCAGCCGGGAGGGUGUGUGGAUCUUGCCAUCAAGGGCGGCGCGGAGGAGGACCCCGCCCCCGGCGGUCACGCGCGUGCCGCCAGCCAGGACCUGGAGGCUCAGUCGACUGGGGCGGGGCCCAUGCUGCCGUUUGUGGAGGUGAGCGUGGAUGUCGCUGACAGCGACGAGGAGCGCGAGGAAGACAGGAAACAAGGGGUCCGCACCUCUCGCUGA